CAUCAACAUUCACACAUCUUCAUUUUCACGCUCUCUCUAAAACAACAAUUUCCAGUUUUUCAACUUUUUCUCUCUAGAACAAGAAUGUCAGGAAGAGGAAAGGGAGGCAAGGGUUUGGGAAAGGGAGGAGCAAAGCGUCACAGGAAAGUUCUUCGUGAUAACAUCCAAGGUAUCACUAAGCCUGCUAUUCGUCGUCUUGCUCGAAGAGGCGGUGUUAAGCGUAUCAGCGGUCUGAUCUAUGAAGAGACACGUGGCGUCCUCAAGAUCUUCUUGGAGAAUGUGAUUCGUGAUGCUGUGACUUACACUGAGCAUGCGAGGAGGAAGACGGUGACUGCCAUGGAUGUUGUGUAUGCUCUCAAGAGGCAAGGAAGGACUCUUUAUGGUUUCGGUGGUUAGGUUGAGUCUAAUUUGGGGUUCUAGGGUUUGGGGGUGAUGAAUUGGGGGAAAUGUGGUUGAUAAGAAGUAGUUUCUGGGUUUGGUGAAAUUAGGGUUUAGAAUUUGUAGAUCUUUUGUGUUUUGAUGGCUAUUAUUAGGUAUGUAGUGGUGGUGUUAUGCUUGUAAUUGUUGGUUAUGAUUUAAUGAAAUGAAUAUCUCGUUCAAUCUAUUAUUUGUAUUCA